AUGGAGAGAACCUUGGAACCUCCCCACAGUGUAGGCAACCCCUGGAAGGGGCUCCUGAUCACAGCCUCCAUCCUCAGCUGCUGGAUCCAGGCAUCGUCUGCUCAAGGUUCUCCUGUCACUGUUGUGCCAAGUCCUCCCUAUGGGACAGUGGGCAGCAGUGUUAUCUUGGACAUCUGGGGGGUUUCAGGUGAGGUUGUCGCCUAUUCUUGGUACAGAAAGACAACAGAGAACUCCAACAGGAUCACUAGAUACCUUGUCUUUUCUGGAGUGCAGAUAGCAGCAGACAACCGGGAGAAGGUCUUCUCCAAUGGCUCCCUGCUCAUCCCCAACCUCACCCUCAGUGACACUGACCUCUACAUUGUAACCAUUAUUCAUUCUGAAGACCUGAUAACUACAAAUGCUACAGGACUAUUACUGGUGUAUGAGGAGUGGGCCAAACCUAACAUCACUGCCAGCAGUACCAACACCAUAGAGAAUGGCACUGUGGUGUUCACAUGUAGCCCAGAAAAUGAGGGGAUGAACAUUCUGUUCUUCAAUAACCAGCGCCUGUCACUCAGUGAGAGGAGACAUUUGUCUGAGAAUAACCAGACCCUCACCAUCAAGAGUGUGAAGAGGGAGGAUGCUGGGUCCUAUCAAUGUGAAAUCUGGAAGCUAAUCUGUGCCCAUACGAGUGACUCCCUCACCCUGACUGUGAACUAUGGACCAGACCACAUUGUGAUUCUUCCAAGCCCUGAGAGUAGGGAGAUUGAGAUCAGAUUCAAAUAUCCACUGAUCUUAGCAUAUCAUGUUGAGUCUUACCCACCUGCCCUGUAUGAAUGGCAAGGCAAUAGCACCAUGAACUCUGACUUCCUUGGUAACACCUAUGUCAUUAAAAGUGUAUCUUGGGAAGAUUCUGGAAAGUAUGCCUGAUUGGCAAAGAACGAUGUGACCAACUUAACAAUUUCUAAGGAUGUCACAAUCAGGGUGGGCCUGGACUCCUCCCCUGCCUUUCCUGAAGUCCCAUAUGAGAGCACCUAUCAGACACUGAAUAUCAUCGCAGCAGAUGUUUAUGACAAGAUUGAGCCCUUGAAGAACCCUCAAGCACAACAUGAUCUCAAAUAUGGAGAAGAUCAUCGGGGUCCACAAGAGGCAGAAGAGGCUGAUGGCAGUGAAAACCCCAACAAUACCAAGCUAAUCUGCCAGCCAUGGUUGCGGCUGGUGGGGGGCAUGCUCGACCCUCCAGUGCAUACCACACCCAGGGCUCCAGGGGCCCCUGUCCCUGAUGCACGCCUGGGACCUCAGCAUGAGCUACACCAGAGCCCGGCCUAG